AUGGCGAGGAUUAAAGUGGAAGGGAGAGGAGAGAGGGGGAAGUGGACGGAUGCAUUACGCGACGAAAUAAAGGUGCCCUACUAUUUCGCGCGACAGGGCAGGAGGGCAGGUACGGCGAAAUACACGGCAACUUGGCGGCAGGAGCUGGUCUUGCUUUGGCGGUUGGGAGGGAAGGUGAACUGGAGAGACACAGCCGACGCCCACCAACUGCAAGACCCUAGCGUGGGCCUGGCCGUUCUUUCCGUCGCGUGCUGUUGUGUAAUUUAG